AGAUCAGGUCUGAAGAGAGUUAUGGUUGCGCCUAGCCCUUCUCUAGGAAGCUCUGUUUUGUUUAGAUUUUCCUUUUUUAAGCUUUUUUUUUUUUGAUUUUUUUUUCUUUUCUUUUUUGAAAGUGUUGAUCUUUCUGUAAUUUUGGGGUUUAGAUUUUUGAUAUCAUCAGAGCCAUUUCAGAGGGUUAGGAGGUGUUAAAGUGUUAGCUUUGUUGUUAGCCUCUAUCACCUGUGUUAUAUACCGCCAUUUCUCCCUCCAAUUUUCCUUCCAUCACAAUUUCAACACAGCUUACCUUUUCAUUUUAACAACUGAUCGCCGUCUUUCUCUUUACAGUUGGGUUGUUGAUUUCUCUGGAUUUCCGGCUUUAGGGUUUUCAUUUCCUUAUUUCUUCUUCAAUUACACCUUUAAAACCAAUCAUCAAUAAAAACACAACAAAUCUAUAGUUUAUUUCUAGGUUUUAGGUUUUAUACAACUCUAGUUUAGUUUAUUUUUUUUUUGUCUGACAUGGAUAAGAAGAGAGUGGCUAUUCCUCUCGUUUGCCAUGGCCAUUCUCGACCGGUUGUGGAUCUAUUUUAUAGCCCUGUUACGCCCGAUGGAUUCUUCCUCAUCAGUGCCAGCAAGGAUUCCAAUCCCAUGCUUAGAAAUGGUGAAACUGGCGAUUGGAUUGGUACAUUUGAAGGUCACAAAGGCGCAGUUUGGAGUUGUUGUCUGGAUACCAAUGCUUUACGUGCUGCUACUGGUUCUGCUGAUUUUUCAGCGAAAGUAUGGGAUGCAUUAACUGGAGAUGUACUGCACUCAUUUGAGCACAAGCAUAUUGUUCGUGCCUGUUCUUUCUCGGAGGAUACACACCUUUUAUUGACUGGUGGUCUAGAGAAAGUACUACGAAUAUAUGAUUUGAAUCGUCCCGAUGCACCUCCAAGAGAAGUGGAUAAAUCCCCCGGUUCAGUUAGAACUGUUACAUGGCUUCAUAGUGAUCAGACCAUACUAAGUUCUUGCACUGACAUGGGAGGGGUCAGGUUAUGGGAUGUGAGAAGUGGCCAAAUAGUUCAAACACUUGAAACCAAGUCAUCAGUGACCAGUGCAGAAGUUAGUCAGGAUGGACGAUAUAUCACAACUGCUGAUGGGUCGACUGUCAAAUUUUGGGAUGCUAAUCACUUUGGCUUAGUCAAGAGCUACAACAUGCCUUGUACUGUUGAAUCUGCUUCCCUGGAACCAAAGUAUGGGAUGAAGUUCAUUGCCGGCGGAGAGGAUAUGUGGAUCCAUGUAUUUGAUUUUCAUACUGGUGAUGAGAUUGCAUGUAAUAAAGGUCAUCAUGGACCUGUACAUUGCCUGCGCUUUGCGCCCGGUGGGGAAUCCUAUGCCUCUGGAUCUGAGGAUGGAACCAUUAGGAUAUGGCAGACUGGUCCUUUAACUCAUGACGACUCGGAUGAAGCCACCUUGGUCAAUGGAUCUAUUGGUAAAGUGAAGGUAAGUGCCGAUGAGGUCUCGCGCAAGAUCGAGGGCUUCAACAUCGCAGAUGAGGGGAAGGCCAGAGAGAAGGAGAAGGAGGAGACAGGAAAUGAGUGAAAUCGUUUCUCCAUUGCCAGAGAGAAGGAGGAGGAGACAAGAAAUGAGUGAAAUCGUUUCUCCAUUGCUUGAUGAUUUGAUGCCGCAAAGCGUUCGAGGUUUAUAUCAUCGUAUACAGUUCAUCUUUUGUGAGAUAUGGACUUCGCUGAUUUUUGUAUACAGUUUUAGUCGAUUCUGCAGAUAUGGGUGUGAACUUGUCUCAAGUGAACGCGUUUUUGUUAUGACAUUGUCUUCAACGUUUUAUAUUUUUGAGAUUUUUAGAUUUGUUAACCAUUGUGAUUGUAGCAAGAACCACGUUAUGAGCAAUUAUGUGAAGGAAAGGCUGGUCUUGACUACAAUUCAGGACCAAUCUCCUUGAGUUUGGCAAACCAACCUUCUUGUAGUCAAGCUAAGUCAAAAAUCUAAAUAAAAUUGAAAAUUUCCAAGA